UAAAGACUUCAGGUUUUAAAGGGUUGUUUUGUGGCUCUGAUUUGCAUGCAAACAAGGGUUCUUUUGGAAAAUCAAUCUGAUCCCUCUAUAAAAAGGGCAGGGCCACUUGGAUCUUUGGCAUACCAUUACCAACCUGCAAAUUCUCAUAGCAUUCUCUCCCAAUUUCAAGUCAUUUCCAAGUUCCAAGUUCAAACUCCAACACCCAAAAGAGAGGUUCAAGAAAUGGAUCCAACAGGAAACCAGAAGCAGCAAUCUUUGAGUCAGUUUAUGAAAUCUCAAUUUCACAGAAAACUGACUCAGUUGGUUCUAUCAGUUUCUGUUUUUUCCUUAUUCUUUUCUCAUUCAUAUUGGCUUUCUUUGCUCCAUUCCUUUAACUUCAACUUCCAUAAUACCCUCCCUUUCCAGUUGUUUAGCCAUGCUAUAGAUAAGAACUGCAUAUUCCUUCUUUGCAAUGGACUUCUUGUUUUCCUUGCAAAAUAUUCAGGAUUAAUCAGUUCUUCAUCCAAGCAUAAUCUGACAGAUGAUCAGUCUUUUAAGAGCUAUGAGGAUGUUCCACAAUCCGAGUCAAUUGUCUUGGAGCCAAAAGCACCAUUGUUGGAGAAGGAAGUUGCCUUGGGGAGUUCUGAUGAGGCACUAGAAAACGGCAUUUUGAUGGAAGGAAGACAAGAAGAGGAAGAAGAAGCAGCAGCAGCAGAAAGAGAAAUAGGAAACUUCACUCUGGAAGAGGAAGAAGAACAUGGAGAAAAAUGGGACUUGAUGACAACUGCUGAACAAGAAGGAAAUGCUGCUUUUGUUCAAGAAGCAGAGGUAGAAGGGUCAGAAGUUGACUUCUUUGUACAAGAAUUUGGAGAAGAUGAAAAUCCUGAAAGAGAAGAAGAAGUAGUAGAACUGGUAGAAGGAAAUAGAGUAUUGAGUACAGAAGAGCUGAAUAAAAGGUUUGAUGAAUUUAUCAGAAAGAUGAAGGAAGAAUUAAGAAUCGAAGCUAGACAACAACUAGUCAUGGUUUAAGGAUCAUCUUGAGAUGAGAGUCUAUUUAAUUUCUAUGUUUGUACUUCCUGUUUCUCCCUAUAGUUUGUGUACAUAAAUGCUAGUAUACUAGUUUUGGUAGUCUAGCUCAUUAAGUUUCUUCUGUUCUUUUCCUCCCGAGUGUAGUAAAAUUUCUUGUUCUUUCAGUAGAUCAGGCUACAGUUCAUGUAAAUUAUGUGUUUAGUAACUACAAUCUUUAGCUU